UCCGCCGCGCCCGACACCGGAGCGCCCGCGCCGCCAAAGGUCAUAAGUCGAGUACGAAGUUUGCCCUUUGGAUUUUUAAUAUGCCGGAGUACAAUGGAGCGAAUGGAGCGCAGGCGGUGGAGCUCGGCCGGCGGAACGCCGUGCCCGUCUUGUACCUCCAGGGCUCGCACUACGAAGUCGGCUUCGACCAGGGUCGUACCUUCUCAUCAGUUAUCCAAGCCUUCGUGAAGCGUCACUUCGAAAUGGUGCCGUUUGAGCAAGAGUACGCCACAGAGGCGGGCCGCGCUGCCUACGAGAAGACACUCGCCAAUAUGAGAGAGCGGUACCCGUGGUACGUCAAGGAGAUCCAAGGAAUCGCGGACGGAGCUCAAGUACCUUUCUAUAAGAUAUUCCUCCUCCACUGCGACGACAUCGUGCUUACGGCGAACGACGAACAAGCCCCCCGGCCCGACCGCGGCGGCUGCACGUCCAUCGGGAUCAACACAGAUGACUACACGGUACUAGGUCACAAUGAAGACGCGGUGUCGUCCACACUCAACCACUGGUACAUCGUAACAGCACAUGUUACACCCACAGAUGAGGACAGGAAGCAUGGGGCCGUAGAUGAGUGGUAUUCGUCCCUGUGCUACGCUGGCAACAUGCCGGGCUACACGAUGGGCUUCAACGAGCACGGGCUAGUGUUCUCUAUCAACACACUGAGCCCGCUGCGGCUGAAGCCGGGGGGCACACCACGCGUGUUCAUCACACGAGCGUUACUGGCGGCCAAGAAUUUUGCUGAAGCUGAGAAGAUUAUGCGGGAUGACGGUCUUGGAGCUGGCAAUGGUUUCAAUAUCAACAUGAUCUGGUCGGAACCGUGGGGCGCCCGACGAUUGUACAACGCCGAGGUAGCUCCAGACCCAAACGGGAGCUUCUCGUCGGUCAGCGUGCGGAAAUACGAGCGGGAUUCCCUUGCACACACUAACAUCUACCAAAACCUGAACGUGACCGAAGUAGUAGGCACGAUAAUAGACAGCAGUAUGGCUCGUAUAUGCACCAUACAAAAACACGCCCCGCCACAAACAAGAAAAGAUGUAGCGGAUAUCCUCUCCGAUGCCGAAGGCAAGACGUACUCCGUAUGGCAGGACAUGCCCGACGCCUUCGUCAAGACUAUAGCUACCGGUAUAUUCGACCUUGAGAAGCGCACGUGGAACGUGUACAUCGGCAAAGCGAACGAAACGGAACCGGUCGCCGUACUGCCCAUCCGGUUCACCCGGCUCAACGACGUCAACUGAACCGGACCGUGUCGUACCGGACCGAACACGGACCGGACCGGACUUGCGACGUCUGGCUAGCAAUUUUUUUUCUUUCCAUUUUUCUUUGUUAUUAUUUUAUUUUUAUUUUAUUUUUUUAUGGAGUACCAACAGCUACAAAAACGUUAUGCUGAUUUAGGUAACAAUACAAAGCCAAUUACAGGUACUCACAUAUAUUGUUAGGUUACCUGUCUUUGCCGGAAAUAUCAUCAAAGCUACUAUGGUUAUUAUUAGCUGAACCGGACCGAACACGAAGCGGACCAACCAGCUAGGUAACGUAUCAUGUGUGUGAUUGAUUAUUGUUACCAUGUAUAUAAACCGGGGGGUUCCUUUUCUGCAUCCAGCCGCCUUAUGUACUUAAGCAGUUCUUGAGAUCCCAUCUUUCCAGUUAUUUUUGUUGUUACCAUUAUGAGUGGCCUAAGUUGAAAAUAACGUCAAAACGAACGAAACGGGGCAAAUCCGGUUCAGCCUGCUCAUUGAGGUCUACUGAAGUGAACCGGACACGACACAUAUUAGAUAAUAGCUUUUGCCCGCGACUUCGUCUGCGUGAAUCAGUAACAGCAGCUA